UGGAAGACGCAGUGAAACAUGCAACCAGCAGUGGAUAUAAAAAUGCACAGCGCACGUGCAGACUGGACACUCCAAAAUGUUUAAAAAAUGUAACGGACUACAGUCCUUCGUGGUGAGACGAUGGAGCUGCCCAUGCGCACCCACGUGUACUAGUUGUUGUUAGCGGUGCUUGUAGAGAUGAAAUGGGAUAUGAGCAAGCUGUAUUUUUUUUGCUAUGUUCAUGUGUGCAGCAGCAAGAUGCACCGGAAGAUAGAAUUCACGGUGGUCAGCUCCUUCGAUCACGAAGAUAACUUUAGUGCCACGGAGCUGAUGGUCCAUGCACCUCUGUCAAUGGCUGGAGAUCUGCCAGGUUCUGUCCAUACCCUUAGGAGGUCACUCUGCAGUUGGCAGAUUAGGAUGAGUCAGUAGAAUCAGCGAACAGAGAUGUCGGACCAACACGAACAGGGGUCAUAUCCAUUAGGCACCAAAAGGAAGAAAAUUGACUGAAACAGGGAGGGACUACAUGACCUUGUCCCAUAGAAAAUGUGUGCCCUGAUGUAUAUGCGUCUGGCUUACUUGGAUGGAUCAUGUAGCCUGGAUGGCAGUCUGCUUCUGCUGUUCUCUAUGUUGUUGUUGUGGUUAUGAUUCUAUGGAGCAUGGUGGUGGGAACACCAAGGUUGUAGGUUCAAUUCCCACUUGACACACAUAUAGUGAUUGAACAUGGUGAACUUCAGCAUUGGUUAUUGCUAAGUAACUAUAUUACUAUUAUGAUAUACACUGAGUGUACAAAACAUUAGGAACACCUUCCUACUCUUGAGUUGCACCCCCUUUAGCCCUCAGAACAGCCUCAAUUCAUCGGGGCAUGGACAAUACAAGGUGUCGAAUACGUUCCAGAGGGAUGCUGGCCCAUGUUGACUCCAAUGCUUCCCACAGUUUCACCUGGAUUCACCUGGUUAGUCUAUGUCAUGGAAAGAGCAGGUUUUCCAAAGGUUUUGUACAUUCAGUGUGUAGGCCUACAUUUUCAUCAUUUACUGCAUUUUUGUUACAAGAAAUGUUCACAGUAAUAGGAAUUGGUAUGCACAUUUUGCCAUCGGUAUGUUUCUCUUUAUAUGUUUCUCUAUGUUUCUCUAUAGUCUGUUCACAUGGAUGCCACUGGAACUUACCUCGGGAUAACCUUUCACAGAAACCAUGUCAACCGCUACAACCUUUACAACCAGGUAGGAGAAUGCCUGGGCCGAUCCAACGUGGAGAAGCGCUGUGCCAUUGAGUAGGAGGACUACGACACGGCCAAGAAGAAGAAGGAGCAGAUGGAGGAGUACCAGACAGUGUACCAUCAUCUGGAGGUCCACAACCUACUGGACAUGGGCACGUCGUUACAGAAGCCCGCACCCCGAUAUGGAGUCAGCAGGAGCAGCGACCAACCCUCUCCCCACGAUGGAGGAGAGAGUCCUUCAUCAUACGUCCAUCCUCCAUCGCAUCGGAUCAGCGAUGGAUCAAAUGAUGGAGAGGAUGGACCGUUGGGAGAGGAGUGGUCUCCCUACUACCCCACCUACCCUCCCACCAGCAACUCUACCAUCUCCUCCAGCGGGAUCCGGUGCCAGCGCUCUGCGUAUCACGCCUCCGAGGGAGUACGAUGGAGCGGAGUGCCAGGGAUUCCUGUUACAACUAGAGCUCUACCUGGCCACCGUUCGGCCGGCUCCCUCGGACGAGGAGAGCGUGAGUGUCCUCGUCUCCUGCCUGAUGGGUAGAGCCCUGGAGUGGGCCAAUGCCAUCUGGAACGGGCCCGACUCAGCGAAGGGUCACUACCCGGAGUUCACCCGCGGUGAGAGGUUGUUCCAUCUCCGGCAGGGGAUGAGGAGCGCGCUGGACUUCGCGCUGGAAUUCCCGACUUUAGCCGCUGGAGCGGGGUGGAACGACAGGGCCCUGAUAGACCAUUACAGGUGUAGCCUAAGAGAGGACGUCAGCAGGGAGCUGGCUUGUCGGGACACUACGCUCAGCUUGGAUGAGUUGAUCGGCAUGUCCAUCCGGCUAGACCAUCUGCUGGCUGCUCGCGGACGUUCUGAAAGGGUCCUGUCAGUUUCACCUCCUGGCCCUCCCGCUCCCAUCCCUAUGGAGCUAGGGGGGCUGCAUCUAGGAAGACCGGAGGAGGAGGCUCCUCCUGUACCCAUUGUGGCCGGAGAGGGCACACUUCCGGUCGGUGCUGGAGGAGUCCAUCUGGGAGUCGAGAGGGCAGGCAGAACACUCCUCGGUCACCCCAGCUCACCGCCCUGCCUUAUGACAAGAGACCCCUACCUGCCCUGCAGAGGAAGGGGGAGACAGCCCAGAGCCAGCCUGAGGAGUCCCCUCUCCGCUGGUCACCACCCUUCAUAGCCCUGGGUUGACCGGGGAGCCUGAGCUCCUCACAGAGAGAGCCCAGAGAGAGGCCAGCAUCCCAAUUGAGGUGUAUGGAGACAGACUGGUGAGAUAAAUACACGCAAGCACGUAUGCAUGCACGCACAACACACACAAUCACACACGAAUACAGAAAAGCCCAGACAGAAAAACAGAGACCUUGCAUGAUGUGUGUCUCGUACUAUGAAACAAAGAUAAAUUAUUUAAAGAAUGACAGUAAAAAGCUUUGGGGCACCUUAAAUAAAAAUUUUGGGGAAAAAGCCAAC